AUGAAAGAUCCAACAAAUGAAGCUUACACAAAUUUAAAUUCAUUUUCUCGUCCAUACAACGAUCAAUACAUUCAAUUAAAAGAUGAUUUAGAUAAAUGGCAUUAUGAAAUGAUUGAACUUAUUCAAGAUAUGUAUUUAAAUACAUUAAUUGAAUUGGACACAUCCUAUGAACGAUUGGAUACAUUUCGUCAAACACUUUAUGUUCUACUUGAUGAUGAGCCAUUGGCAGAUAAAGCAGUUUCUAUGACAUCAUCCGACAUAAUAAAUAUCUCUUCUCGAUUGUCAUGGAUUGAAAAUGAAAUUGAUUCAAUAUCAAAUUUAUUUUUUCAUAUAAAUUGUCAAGUUAAACUAACCGAUCGACCAUAUCUUAUUGAUUCGAAUGCAUCAUCGAUUGUUCCAUGUCGUAUUUUAAUAAAACGUGAGCAAGCUGAUCAAUUACCAAAAUUAGUUAAUAAUACUCUGUAUACUUUAUUAACACAUCCAUCAUCGCCAGAAGCUAUUCUUGUAUCAAAUAAUGUGCAACAGUUAACUUCCGUUAUUCAACAAAUUCUAUUACAAACAAAUGAAUUACGUGUAUUAAUUCAUGAAUUAUAUGUACCCUUUAUCAUAGGGCAAUUAGGGAGUCGAGCAAAAAUGCUUAAAGAGAAAUAUGCAUUGAAUAAUUUGAAAAUUUAUCCAACAUGUGCUCCAUUAUCAACUGAACGUAUAAUUCUAUUGACUGGGUCAAAACAAGGAAAAAUUAUUGAAUGUUUAAUAGAAAUUUAUCAAACACAAUGUCAAACAUCAUUUAUAGAUCUGAAACAGCAAACAAAUUUUCCGUAUUCACCUGAAUUUUAUGAUGUUUCAUUAGUUGAUGAUUAUGGUGGUUUUAAUGAUCGACAAGUUCAAUUGGUUAUGCACCGAUCUAUGAAUACUUCUGUGAUUGUCAAUAAUCCUAAUGAUGAAGAAGAUUUAAAUGGUUAUCAAGAUGAAGAUAUAGAAGAUUUUGAUAAUGACAUAAAUAAUUAUCAAACUGAAACAGUUGAAUCAUUACGUGAAAGACGUUGGACAUUAUCCGAUGCACAAGCUGGAGCUUUAUUUGGGCCAAAUUCAUCACGUUUGCAUCAAAUUCGAAGUGAAUCAAAUGCUUGGAUUGUUAUUUAUGAAGCUGAAGGGAAAAGUACAAGACGACCAAUGUCUAUUCGAGGUACAAAAGCAGAAAUUGAACAUGCAACAAAAUUAAUCUUAGAAACUAUCAAACGUCAUGAUAGAAAAUUACCAUUAAAAUAUAAUCAUAAAGGUGGAAAAUAA